UCAAAAAGAAAUCAAGUUUCACUGUUCGGUGUCCCUGAUUUAUACCAUACACAAUCAAAAUCCGUAGUGUAGUAAGAUUUUCAAAAGGCAAAAAAAGUCAAAUACUCUUGAUUAUGGCAGAAAAAAAUAGAUCGAACGAAGGACAGUACUUCCUUCAAUUGAAACACUUUAUCGAUUUAAGCCAAAAUGAAGCCGAUCGUGUGCAUUCAGCUGUGGAUGCAGCUGCCAAGCUCGGUAAGCCAAACAAAAAAAAAAUAAAUUUUCAGGAGGGACAAAGAUCUAAGAUAACAUCAUCGGAAAUUAAACCCAAAAUGUCGAAAGCUUGUGAAGAUUUUAAAAGAACUCUUAGAAUUGCCGAAAAACCACAGAAACAAAAGUUGCCAAGGAAUUUAGAAACAAUGCAUAUUUGAGGAAAAAAAUUUUAUAAGGUCUCGCAGGCAGGAACUUCCGAAAAGCAGGAUGAAUCCCGAACCAUAACUAUCAAUAAAGGAACACAACGUCGUCUGCGAACUGCCUUGAAAUUGCUAGACCUCUUCGAGGGCAAAUAUAGCAGUGAUAGCGAAUGUUUGAUGGAUUCCGAGUCUUUGGUUUGGUUUGGUUCAGUCAAAAGAAGUACUCGACGAUUGCAAGCUAUGCAGGAUCUCUCACCCAGGGAUUUUCUCGGUCUUUGGAGGGAUUGCCGAACACGGUGCAGAGGUUGUGGAAGACGUCCAUCGGCAGUUCAUAUGGCAAAACGUAGAAGAUAUUAAUAAGGAAUGUGGAGAAUUGGAUGUGUCAUAUAAACAAAGAUAAAACCGUACAUGUCA